GUCAACUUACCAACUACCUCACCGUUAUUUUUCUUUUCUUCAUCCUCCUCAUCGUACUCCAAAACGCACCGUAUUAAUCCUCGUACGAACUCUGUUCUCGAUCGCCUCCAUAUCCAAACGUGUAGAAAACUCAAUAGCUUUGCUUUUAACAUUCCCAACACUCCACGCCUGGUAUCGCUUACACUUAUAUAAAUUCCCGUUGUUUUAUCAUUUUAUGGGAUUUUCAUUUCCAUGCACUAUUUCUGUGCAACAAUGGCGGAAUUUAUGGAAUACCCAGUUGAAGAAAGGCUCUGUUAUUGAAGAAAUUAACGGUUUUGAAGUCUUUGAGGUUUGUUUUCAUCUGGGUCUUCGUCGAAAAUGGAAGUUGGGCUUGUUGUGUUGCUGAGGACGGCUUGGAUUGCUGGGACUUUGCCUAUUUUGAUUGCUUUGGUACCGUCCUCUAGGCUCAGUUGGUUUCGUGAUUUGCUUUUGGGAUUUGCUAAGCGAGGGAAGCUCUUGCAGUCUUCGUCAAAGAAGUUCACUGUUCCUCAAUGUUUCUUCUGUCAUUUUUAUGUGCUGGCUGUGGUGUGGACAACCUUCCUGCUUGUCACAACUUGGACGUAUGCAUACAGAACAGCGCCAUUGGUUUCCGAGCCAUUUAUUUACUCUUCUAUUCCCAGUUACUUGACUGGAGGUUCACCCAUUUUUUCUUGGCUCAAUUUGCGUUCAACGCCAAUGAAGCAAAGAUAUAUGGUCUGGCGAUCUGUUUUUCUGCUUUUGUUGAUGGAAGUUCAAGUUUCGAGACGCCUCAUUGAGACAAUAUAUGUGUUCAACUAUAGCCCCACAGCUCGGAUGCAUAUUUUUGGUUAUCUUACUGGCCUAUAUUUCUACACAGCAGCACCACUGUCACUUUGCUGCAAUUUUGCACCAGAGUUGUAUGAAUUUGUGACAAAUAGAGUGGCUGAAUUCAUCGUUAAAGGGAAGAAUCAGAUGCCGGCUAUUGAAUUUGAUUGGUGGGAAUUUAUGAAUCCUCUCAUGAAGCUUGGAUGGCGGCAAUGGAUUGGUGCUACGAUAUUUUUUUGGGGCUGGAUUCAUCAGCGCCGUUGUCAUGCAAUUCUUGGCUCGCUACGUGACCAGACAGAACAAGUUGACGAGUAUGUAAUCCCUUGUGGUGAUUGGUUUGAAAGUGUUUCAUCCCCGCAUUAUCUGGCUGAAAUUGUCAUAUACGCUGGUCUUCUGGUUGCUAGUGGAGGAGCAGAUCUCACAAUCUGGUUACUUUUUGGAUUUGUGGUGGUAAAUUUGGCGUUUGCAGCAGCAGAAACACAUAGGUGGUAUCUUCGUAAAUUUGACAAUUACCCAAGCAACCGGUUUGCAAUUAUUCCAUUUCUUUAUUGAGCUUUUGACAUAGAGGUGCAUAGACAAUACUCUUGAGUUUGUAUAAGUUUGUAUAACUAAUGUUGCAAUGUUUUAUGUAAUAUUGUUUUGGAGAAUGUUGUAUAUAUAUUUUAGUAUAAUUAUUAUAGAACUUUGUUA